GGUCCCAACAUUUUAAAAGCAGUAGUUAAAGUUGUAACUGGCCCAAUCUUUUCUAUCCCUUGUGUAUCUACUUUCACUCUCUCCAAAGGUCUAUAAAUUAAUCACCACUCCCCUUCAUUUUUCUUCACUCAUCCACUUCACAUUCUCUCUCACAUUACUUCAUUUUCCCCCCCUCCAUUCAUCAAAGAAAAAAUGGCUUCAAUUAUUUUUCUCUUGAUGGUGUUACUCACAAUGUUUUCCUCUGCUUAUGGCUAUGGUGGAGGAUGGGUUAAUGCACAUGCAACCUUCUAUGGAGGAAGUGAUGCAUCAGGAACAAUGGGUGGGGCAUGUGGAUAUGGUAACCUUUACAGUCAAGGGUAUGGAACAAACACUGCUGCUUUAAGCACAGCUUUGUUCAACAGUGGUUUAAGCUGUGGUUCUUGUUUUGAGAUUAUGUGUGUUGGUGACCGUAAAUGGUGUCUUCCUGGUUCUAUUUUGGUUACUGCUACUAAUUUCUGUCCACCAAACAAUGCCUUACCUAAUAAUAAUGGUGGGUGGUGUAACCCUCCUUUGCAUCACUUUGAUCUUGCUCAACCUGUUUUUCUGAGAAUUGCUCAAUACAAAGCUGGAAUUGUUCCUGUUUCUUACAGAAGGGUACCCUGCAGAAGAAGGGGAGGAAUUAGGUUCACAAUCAAUGGACAUUCCUACUUCAAUUUAGUUCUAGUAACAAACGUGGGAGGUGCUGGAGAUGUACAUUCAGUGGCUAUUAAAGGAUCAAGAACAGGGUGGAUGCCAAUGUCAAGAAACUGGGGGCAAAAUUGGCAAAGCAACAAUUACCUUAAUGGCCAAACCCUAUCUUUCAAGGUCACAACAAGUGAUGGCAAAACAGUAAUUUCCAACAAUGUUGCCCCUGCUGGUUGGUCCUUUGGUCAAACCUACACUGGUGCUCAAUUCCGCUAGACACAUCAUUUCAAAGUUCCAAGUCACAUAAUUAGUCACAUACAAUUUAUUAUAAAGUACGGUUUUAAUUAAUUCCCUAAAUUAAGUAUUAGUAGUAUAAUAUAACUCAAUAGUAUACUAGGGUAUUAGAUAGUAUGCUAGUUUUGGAGGUUGAUCGAGGAGGUGAAGUUGGUUGGUAAGUUCUUAAAAUGAAAUUUAAAUUUAAAUUCUAGGGUUAGAAAAUGUGAAGGGCUUUUUUUAUAUUGGCCUUUCAUCAUUUUGAUUGUAACAAGAUGGUUCAUAUUUUUUGGGCCUUCUUGAUUAUUGGGUUUUUUUUUAUAUCAAUCUUCACCUAGUAAAGAAGCUAGCAAAGAAGAUUAUGAUAUUUUAUAUUUUAUGUUUAUGUUGGUAUAUUUUACUAAAUUGGAAGAGGUGGAAAAUAAUACCACCCGCCAUAUGGUAUUGUAAGAAGCAUUGAUUGCUUCACUAAUUUCCUUGUGAGCAACCUUAGCUGAUUGAGUAUGUUUGUGUCCUAGGGAAUGUUAUUGUAAAUUUUCCUAUUUAUGCAAGUAAUGAAAAAUUGAAGUGAUUUACUAGUA